GGGUGCAAGAGAGAGGUGAGUGCUGCUGCAGAUCAGCGUUUAGCCUUGCUGAGGAGUUAAACGCUUCACAGCAUCACAUCGUCACCAUCCAGGCAUUAAUCCUGUUGUGAUAGCCAUGUUCUCAAAGGAGCUCCAGCCUCUGAUCUUUGUGGCAUUUAUCCUGACUUCUGCUCUCUCGGUAUCUUCCUCGCCUGCUGGCAUAGAGAAAGGAAGGAGGAAAGUGGUGCAUGUUCUUGAGGACGACACUGGAGCCGUGAUUGUGCAGACUGCCCCUGGUAAAGUGGUGACACAUCGGGGUGGCUCCAUCACUUUGCCCUGCAGAUUCCAUCAUGAGCCGGAGAACGUUGAUCCUGCUCGCAUCAGGAUUAAAUGGACCAAAGUGACGGACACGCUGCAGUUCGAGGACGUCUUUGUAGCACUGGGAAAGCAGCAGCGUGUGUUUGGAUCGUAUCGUGGCCGUGUGUUUCUGGAGCAAGCAGGACCAGGCGACGCAUCGGUGAUCAUCCAAAAUGUCACGCUGGAGGACUAUGGACGCUACGAGUGUGAGGUCACUAACGACAUGGAAGACGAUACAGGAUUUGUCAACCUUGACUUAGAAGGAGUGGUCUUUCCCUACUAUCCCCGUGAGGGGCGCUACAAGCUCAACUACUACCAGGCUGAGGAUGCUUGCAAAAAGCAGGAUGCCAUUCUAGCUUCUCAUUCUCAACUGCACAAGGCAUGGCUGGAGGGACUAGACUGGUGUAAUGCUGGAUGGCUGGAGGACGGCUCAGUUCAGUACCCUAUCUCUCAUCCCAGGGACGAGUGCGGACGUAAGGACACCCCAGCUGGUGUUCGAAACUACGGCUAUAGGCACAAAGAAGAUGAGCGUUAUGAUGCUUUCUGCUUCACUUCCAAGCUCAACGGCAAAGUGUAUUUCCUCAAGCGCUUCAAGAAGGUGAACUAUGCGGAGGCGAUUAAGGCGUGCAUUCGAGACGGUUCAGUGGCGGCCAAAGUGGGUCAGCUUUAUGCAGCGUGGAAGUUUCAACUCCUGGACCGCUGUGAAGCAGGCUGGCUUGAGGAUGGCAGCAUUCGGUACCCCAUAGUCAACCCCCGUUCUCGCUGUGGAGGAUCCCAGCCAGGAGUCCGAAACCUUGGCUUCCCUGAUAAAAAAUUCCGCCUCUACGGAGUCUACUGUUUUCGUGAAAACAAGGAUGAAGCAGUGGGUGGAACUGGGAAGACAAAAAGCACUAUAGCGAGUUUGACAAAGAGGAAGAGCAGCAACAGCAUCCCCGUGAACGCCACAAAGGUGAUUUAAAGUAGGAAGACUGAGAGCAGGAGGGGGAUGCAAUUUCAGAUUUGACUGUCGCCUAGCAGCCAGAUUUCAUUCAUCACAUUUAAAAAAAAGCAAAAAACACUCAGAGACAAGAUGCACUCAUUUGCAGAAUUGCCAGAGAGAAGAACAAGGCUGUGUAAAAUUAAGGAUGACAUCUUUAUAAGGGUGGUUUUCCUUUCGUUUUGAGUCAUUCAGCUAUCACGAGUGACUGUUAGCACAUCUGUACCCGGAAAACUGCAAGAAUUAAUAGCGGCUUGAUCAUCACUCAGAUCAGAGAGUCUAACAUAAAUGAUCUUGUUUACAUGUGUGAGUGAAUCAUGCUUUGGACCCCGCUGUGAUCCUGAUGCCAGGGUGAAAAUAUUCAUUACUGAGAGAGAAAUGGGAUGAGCUGCAUGGCAGGCAGAAAAAAAAAUAUCCAAGAUUCACAGUUUUUAUUGUACCUGCCUAUAUCUGAUUGGUUGCUUGGUGAGCAACCCUCUGCACAAUGUCAUUAAGACCUCACAAUCGCAUCCUUAGAGCUGAAGAACAAGUAGUAAAUGCUGAACUAGAAUAAUUGCACUUUAAACACAUAGUCCUUUAUUAAGGCAGCACCUUAACGAAAACCUAAGCAAGCAUGUAUUGUUUGGCUGCGAGUAGAUCACAGGGCUGAAUUAACAUGAACACAAGCUACAGUAAUUGCUGUUGACUGCACAGAGCCACCGAUUGCACUGUCAUUGCUAAAUGCAGUGAUCUUUAUAACUGAGGAUGUUUGCAACUACUGAAUGAAUGGAUAUUCAAGAAGAAAAUAAAAGUUUUGGUUUGAA